AUGUCUGCAACCUCUUCCUCUCCUAUGCUAUUUUCAUCUACAUCUACUUCUAUAAUUUCAUCGCCUGUUGUCUCUCGUCUCUCAGCUCGAGAACAAUUAUUUGCAACACCAACAUCGACUUCUUCAUCAACACAAACUUCUCGAAUCAUAAAUGUGCCAAUAAGUGCACCUUGGUAUAAUAAAACAAUACAAUCACAACCAUCAAAUAACGAACGAAAUAAUAAUGCGAAUACAAAUGGAUAUCAGGAAAUUCCAUACAGGGUAAAUCGAAAGGCUUCGGGUAUCUAAUUUUGAAUGAAAAAUAUUGAAUGUCAAUUUUUGUGGCAUGAAUUGAAAUAUUUUCUGCUGUGUUUUUUUUUUUGAGCAUGAUUAUUAUUAUCAAAAUUCUUCCAAUAAAAUAAUUAUUUUCAGAUUUCCUACGAGGAUUUCAAUCCAUCCCAAAUGCGAGAUCAUAUACGUUUCAAUAUCGAUCUUUCGCAUGAUUUGCCUCUUUCAAUAUCGCGUCGCUAG